AUGGUUGGUGUUCCGCGCAGUCAAGGAUGUGUGCGAUGCAUUGGCCGCAAGAUCAAGUGCGACAUGACGCACCCACAGUGUACGCGCUGUCUCAGUCAAAACACCGCCUGUCCUGGAUAUGACCGCGGCCUCAAGUUCCAGGACCAGACGCAGUCGCUCACUCGCAAGUACGGCCAGACUUCCAGGUCUUCCAUGGACGAGGCCUUUGCGCCCAAUUUGACUUUGGAGGCCCUCAACCUCCAGACCAAGGAGUGUUUCCAAAAUUGGCUGGACGGCCACUUUCCCAGCUACGUCAGCUCAUUUGACCCGCGUGUUGAAGUCAAUUGGAUGGACUUUAUUCGCACCCGCUGGUCUUUCUUCCCGCCCGCGCUGGUCUGGGCUUUCCGUGCCCUGACCUCCCUGCAUAUGGGCGCCCUGCACGGCGACAAGGAGAUGAUCAUCUGCGCGCGACAUAUGUACAGCCACGGUAUCCGGCAUCUGGCGUGUCUCUUGCAGUCGAGGGCGGCCCUUUCGGAUGAGACCCUUGCCGCUGCCAUUCUGCUCGGAGGGUAUGAGGUUCUCGACGGUAAUACUGACCGUUCAUGGAUCAUUCAUUCUCGUGGGAUCCGCCAUCUGCUGUGUGCUCGCGGCCCUGCGGCGCAUGUCCAUGGCAUAGGCCGCACUCUGAUGCUCUCCUGGCAGCCUUUCAUCGUCGCCGACGCGUUCAUCAAUUCCGACCCCUGCUUCCUGGGGGAUCCGGAGUGGGCGCGCGUGUCAGUGGGCAGCGAAUCUGCCGAAGACCAGGAACGGAGUGGAAGUCUGCUGGUUCAAACAAUGGAUCACGCCUUUAAUGAAGUUGCCAGAUGUCCCGGAUACCUAGCAAUGACCAAGGAGGUCGUCACAUCAGAUAGAGACGCCGACCCUGCUGUCCUAGCAGUUCUCCUGGACUGUAUGCUCAGGUCGAGACAGAAUCUCAUCCACUGCCGAAGUAAUCUGGAGGAAAACCAUCCUCCGGCAUCCUUUAUUGGCGAGGUACCAGAGGCGUUCGCACCGACAUUGGUGCAGGGGUCUCGCGACGGGGUCGACUCGGCUAUUGCGCUUCUCAACCAGUUGACGACAAUGCUCCAGUCUCAUGUUAAUAGGCGAGCCAAUGCACUCUCCACCCCGGGCCCAUUAAAUAAUCCGUCAGACCCAUGGCGCAUUGUUGCGAGGAGACCGGCUGUCGGAGACACGAGCCAGUCGCCCGAACCCCCACACUCGGAGGACCUCAACCCCAGUGCCUACGUUUUCGGUGAUUCGUUGGAUAAAUUCUCGUUGACGAUGGGCAUGGGCAGCCUGGCGCCCGAUGCCUGCGGUUGUCCUCAGUUUUCAGCGCACAAGGCUAUUUCUUUUUAA